GCCAUAAAAUUUUUUGUAAAUUUUGAUUUUGAAAUAAAAUUAUUUUAAGAAAAGCUAGGUUUGCAUGUAUUUCUACCAAUGCAUUUAAAUUCGCAAGCAAUUUUUGGCGUACACUUAUUUAUAUUGCAACUGAACAAGUUGUUUUUUGAACGACUGUUAACAUUUUAGGCUAAUGUUAAGGUUAACAGAGCAACGAGCCAUUUUCAUCAGCUGUUUUCCAUUGAACGUUAUGAGAUAGCCUAACAAUCAAUAUUUAAUGAAUUAAAAUAAACUAAACCCUUAAGUACCACAUAUUGGUCUGAAAGAUGUUACGUUGCAGACAUGUUAUACGUAAGAUUCAAGUGCCUUUAUUACGUGCACACUCCACUGGCUCGAAUCCGCCCGGCGGUAACGAGCAAAACGAUCAACAUCCCCUACGUCGAACAUUUCGUCUACUUGGAAACGAUAUGCGAAAGAUAAAAGAGUUCUUUGUUCCAAAAGAGGAUAAGUAUGAGAAUGAGUCCAAGACCCAGUCUAUAGCUACAAAUAAUAAAUUCAAGUUCGGCGGCGACAAGGGAAGUAUCGAGGAAUUCCCGACACAUUGCGAUGUGCUGAUUAUAGGAGGUGGAGGAAUAGGCAGCUCCAUUGCCUAUUGGCUAAAACAAAAGGCACGCAAUGGUCUCAACGUAGUUGUAGUAGAAAAGGAUAUCAAGCAUGAGAAAUCCGCAACACGUGUGUCCAUCAAUGGCCUGUCCCAUCAUUUCUCACUGCCUGAAACAAUACAAAUGUCUUUGUUUGGUGCUGACUUUCUACGUGAAGCGCCUGAAAACUUUGGCACAAAUAUACCAAUUAAGUAUGUGCCAUAUGGACAGCUAGUGCUUGCCAGCGAGGAGGACGCGGAGAUGAUGAAGCAAACAUCACAUCUGCAAAACGAGCUGGGCGCACGGAAUGAGUUGCUCACAGUGGAUCGUUUGGCCUCCAGAUUUCCGUGGUUAAACACUAAAGGCAUUGCACUCGGCUGCAUCGGGCAGGAACGUGAAGGGUGGUUUGAUCCCUGGGCGCUCUUAGCCAAUUAUAAACGGGCUGCCCAUGGCUAUGGUGCGCAUUUUGUGCAUGGCGAAGCUAUCGACUUUGAGUUUGAAAAUCAGGGCGAUAUCAUUGUUACAGGCGCUGAAAGAAGUGGUUACCAAAGUCUGGACAAGGUGAUCAUCCAGCAGCCAGGUGGCGCACAGCGCAGCAUUAAGUUUGCUCUAUGCGUCAUCGCAGCGGGCGUAAAUAGUAAAGCUGUGGCACGUCUAGCACAUAUUGGGCAUGGCGAGGGAGUGCUGCACUUGCCCUUGCCCAUAGAGGCGCGCAAGCGUUAUAUGUAUAAAAUAAACACACAGGAUCAAAAUAUCCCUGGAAUGGCAAUGCCCAUGGUUGUGGACUCAACGACAGGCACAUAUAUUCGUCGACUGGGCUUGGGCGGCGACUACGUAUGCGGGCACAACGCUUUUCCGGAUGAGGAAGUGAGUGGCGAUAAUUUAGAUGUGAGCACAUCAUACUUCAAUGAGAAGAUGCGCCCAAUGUUGGCCGACCGUAUACCCGCUUUUGCAACCGCUGAUUUAGUCAGUUGCAUGGCCGGCCUUUACGAUUACAACGUGUACGACGAUAAUGGCAUCUUAGGACCGCAUCCAUACUAUCAUAAUCUUUAUAUUGCCAGUGGCUUCAGUGGGCAGGGUAUACAGCAGACGCCGGCGCUGGGUAGAGCCAUUUCAGAGCUUAUUAUGGACGGACAGUUUCGCACUUUGGAUUUGUCGCGGUUGGGCUUUGACCGACUAAUUGUUGAUAAGCCCAUGUAUGAGUUUAAUGCUUUAAAUUAAAAUGUAAUUUAUUGUAUGUGGCCUUUUUAACAAAAAUCCAAUCCGAAAUUUAGCUAGGAAAAAAAUCAAUAAAAGA